AUGUUCUCGGCCUUGCAUUGGCACGAUGUGAACACUCCGCUUCUCAUUUCUGCCUGGUUAUUCAUGAUUAUAAUGGCUAGAAUACUUUUCCAUCGAUCUAAUGUUCUGGCAAGAAUAUUCCCCGAAUCUGCCCUACUCAUUGUUCUUGGUCUGAUUGUUGGUCUGAUUCUGGACGAGCUAUGGGUGUUGGAUAUUUAUCUUCAUCCAGACCUAUUCUUCCUGUAUCUCCUGCCUCCGAUAGCACUCGAUGCCGGAUAUUUUCUGCCAAAUAAUGCAUUCUUCAUGAAUUUUGGUACUAUUCUUUUGUACGCAGUAGUGGGCACAAUAUUCAACAUUGUAGCGAUA